CGCCCCGCCCCGUCCCGUCCGCCCGGACUUUACCUCCCGUCCGGGCCCGCGCCGUUCUGGGCCAUGUGAGCCGCGGGGCCGGGCCGCUGGGCCGCCACCGGCAGCGGGAUGGAGCGCAGGAAGGUCUUCGUGGUGCUCGACGUGCUCUGCCUGGCGGUCGCGUCUCUGCCCUUCGUCAUCCUGACGCUGGUGAACUCCCCGUACAAGCGGGGCUUCUACUGCAACGAUGACUCCAUCCGCUACCCCUACAAGGCGGAUACCAUCACCCAUGGCCUCAUGGCUGGGGUCACCAUCACCUGCACUGUUGUCAUUAUCUCGUCAGGGGAGGCGUACCUGGUCUACACGGAGCGCCUCUACUCCAAGUCAGAGUUCAACAACUACCUGGCUGCCCUCUACAAGGUGGUUGGGACCUUCCUCUUUGGGGGGGCCAUCAGCCAGUCCCUGACUGACCUGGCCAAAUACAUGAUCGGCCGUCUCCGGCCGAACUUCCUGGCAGUCUGCAAUCCUGACUGGUCCAAGGUGAACUGCUCCAUCUACGUGCAGCUGGAGAACGUCUGCCAGGGGGAGAGCAGGAACAUCACAGAGUCCAGACUGUCCUUCUAUUCUGGGCACUCCUCCUUCGGGAUGUACUGCAUGAUGUUCCUGGCGCUCUACGUGCAAGCCCGGCUGGUGGGGAAGUGGGCCCGGCUGCUGCGCCCCACCAUCCAGUUCUUCCUCAUCACCUUCGCCAUCUACGUGGGCUACACCAGGGUGUCUGACUACAAGCACCACUGGAGCGAUGUGCUGGCAGGGCUGCUCCAAGGGGCUCUCAUUGCCGUCCUCAUCGUCCGCUACGUCUCUGACUUCUUCAAGCACCGUCCCCCGCGGCAGUGCGACGAGAAAGACCCGGAGCGCAAGCCCAGCCUGCCGCUCACCAUGAGCGACCCCGAUCGCAAUCACUACAGCUACCGGGGCGCCCCGUGAGCUGUGCGCUGGCCACGCGUGCCGGACUGCACACCUGCCCCUCGCUGUGCUCCACACUGCUCCUGGCGCGGGGGACGGGGACGCUGGCUCUGUAUUAACCAUUGGCUCCACGGCUCCAGUGCCUCUCACUGCUGCAGGUACCUGUAGGAUGGCCCUGUCCAUGCCUGCUCCCGCAGCGCUGCGGCUCCCGGCUCCCCGUGCCUGCGGUGCCUCUGUGCUUGCCCAUGCCUGGCGAUCCCAGCACCCUGCCCGUGGGAAGGGGAGGUCCUCGAUCCCCUGUGCGUCUGAGUCACGCUCCAAGGCUGCCGUCCCAGCCCUCCGUGUGAAGGGAGGGAGGGAAGGGUGGCACGUGGGAGUGGAUUUAUUGGGCUGGCAAACCACACCAAGCCAAGAGCAAACUCGUCAGGAAGUCUGAGGUUGCCUGUGCUGAGUGUGUGUUAUCCCUGUCAAAUUAUCCAGCCUUACGAGUACAAAUCCUCACAAGCACAGGGGGAGGAGGACAGCUGCUGGGCUAACAAUACUUUUUUGGAAAGGAUCAAAGCAAUCCAGAGCUCUUCUCUGUUCCCUGAUUACCUUUAAAAGCAGUCUUGGCCACCAGCGGCGGGUGUGAGCAAAGGGUACAUGGGCAGGCUUUUCUCCAGUGGUGCCUGAUGCUGCAGUGCUGGAAGCGAGGGCUUCUUGCACCCUGCCUGCUUCGCACCUAGCUUGGGGCGAGGGGGCUGCUUGAGCCUUUGUCUCCUCUGCAGCUUCAGCUGAUGCUUUAGGGGGUGCGGGGGGGUAGGGGGAAGGGGAGAAGCUUUCUGUGGUAAAGGAAAAUAAAGGGGAGGUGGAGCCGGACACAGGACUCUGAAUGCCCUGGGAUGGUGGGGAGUGGGCCAUGGAGCAGUCCCAUCACCGACACACAGCUGCCUCCGACACUGGAGCGCUGUGGGCCUCUUUUUAAACUACAUGCAUUUUCAUUAUGAUGUGUUUUUAUAAAAAUGUGUUUUUUAAAUUAGAUCAUCGUUAAAGAA